GAGAAUCUUCCUUUCUUGCCUACUAGUCAAGCACUCCAAUGUCUCCAUUUCACUUUUUUUUUUAUAAAUUAAAGAAAAAAAAAAUCUCUUGACAAUUUCAAUUCCAAUUCCUAGACGUAAAUCUCAAGAGCCAUAGCUUUUUUUUCUUUUUAUUAAUAUAUAUAAUUUUUUUAAUUCCUCCAUUAAUUUUAAUAUCAAAGUGCAACUAAGAAAACUGGUACACAGCUAUACAACAAAGAACAAAGUACACUACACACACUUCUCUGGAGCAUUUUCACAAAUAGAAUGAUCAAUCUAGAGGUUGAAUCUGAAAGUGUGCCUGAAACAGAGGACUCGCUUUCUUUUCAGCAUGAAAGCAUAGGAAGGUUGGGAUCUGGGAAGAAACUGAAGAAAAUGAGAUCAAUAAGGUUUCCCAGAUUUUCAAGCAUGAGAUCAACCAAUAGAAGAGGGAAAUCCAAGCAUGAGAAUCUCUCCAUUCUCUCAUCUUUUGCAACAGAAAGUUCAGAAAUGCCAACAACCCCAAUUGAGAUGUCAGAUUCAUCACCUCAUUACAUGAAGGGUACAAGUAGCUCUCAUGCAAAGGAGAGCUUUCAGAAUACACAAAUGCUAUUCACAACUGUGAAACUGAAGAGGAGUCUGAGCAGAAAGAUAUCCGGAAGGAAUGAUGUGAGGAGGAAACUCAAGUCAUCAAGAUCAAUCAAGAUUGGAACUCUGAAUGGCCAAAAAUCAACAAGAAAAGUAUCUGAAUCCAUUUGUGACAGUGAUGAUACACAAUCUUAUGAUGGUGGUAACAAACCCCAGAGAGUUCUUACAAGAAGAUUGAGCUUGAAGCCUGUGAGGAUCCUAGCAAAGAUGCCUACUUCCAAAUCAAGGAAAGCUUCCAUGGACAAAGGCCAUCAUCACAUCUCUCUGUCCACAGAAUCAUGCUUGCAUAGAGCCACAUGUUCUUCAACUCUCAAGGAUUCCCAUUUCUCUGAUCACAAUGAAUUGCCACUUGACGAAAAUGGUUCUCAAGAAGUAUCAGCAGUGAAGGUUUGUCCAUACAGUUACUGUUCCCUUCACGGUCAUCGGCACAAGGAUUUGCCUCCAUUGAAACGCUUUAUGUCUAUGAGGAGGCGUCAGUUGAAGGCCCAAAGGAGCAUGAAAAUGGAUGGUAGAGCUGCUACCAGGUCAAAUAAGUCUGGUAAUUCAAGGAAAGUUGCUCAGAAAACCGGAAUUGUUAACACUGAAAGUGGCAUAUCUAACAUUCAGAAUGGGAAAAGGAAGGUAAAGGACUCAAGUAUUAGGGCUGUUGACAAUGAAGGAUCCACAUUUGGUGAAGGUGGCAGUUCUAUGGGAGAGGAUGAAGAAAAUAACAACUUCAGGUAUGAUGCCUUUGAGAAAUCAACAUUAGUUGAUGUGGUUAAGCCUUCUUCUUUUGAUAUUGAGAUAUUGGAGGGAGAAGUAGCCACCAGUGGUGAAGAAAAAGAAGGAGAUAAUGAAGUAAUGCAGGUGUGUUCUUUGCAGAAAGAAGCUAAGCCUGCUUAUAGAAUACAGGAAGGGAAUGAUAGAUAUAUGAAAAUGUGGCACUUGGUGUAUAAGCAUGCCAUGUUAGGUAACCCAGAGAGGGAAGAAAAGCAUCCAACUCAUUUGAUGUAGUAAACAGCUCUUCCAUUCAGGAUCAGUGCGAAAGGGACCAGGCUGUGUAUGAUGAAAAUAAGAGUGUGAUUGACUUGGUCCAGAAAGCAUUUGAUGAAAUUCUUCUUCCGGAAACAGAAGACCUUGCUUCUGAUGAUGGUUCUAAGUCUAGAGGCUCCGGUCCCGAUGAGGAGCUCUUAGAAAAGAAUGAAGAUAAAACUGGGGAAGGGAGUGUCUCAAUAUCUGAAGAAUCUCCUAAAGAAGAUACAUUGCUGAAAGACGAAAACUUGAGCAGUCAAGCAGAAGAGAUAACAGGGCAAGGAAUGGGAUCCAAACCUGACCAGAAAACACCGAAGAGCUGGAGCAAUCUGAAGAAGCUAAUCCUGUUGAGAAGGUUUGUGAAGGCACUGGACAAGGUGAGAAAGUUGAAUUUUAGGCAACCCAGACAUUUGCCAUUAGAUUCUGAGUUUGAAGCAGAAAAAGUUUUUCUCAAGCGGCAAACAGCUGAAGAGAAACAAAGCGCUGAUGAAUGGAUGCUUGAUUAUGCACUUCAGAAGGUCAUUUCUAAACUAGAACCAGCUCAAAGGCAAAGAGUUUCACUUCUAGUAGAAGCUUUUGAAACAAUUCUUCCAUUUCAAGAUGCUCAAAAUGCCCCAUUGUCUUCUGCAACAAUUGAGAAUCGAGCCAAUCCAGUUCGGUCCCUUGAUGACUCCUCGAAUCACAGCAAGAAAGAAACAGAAAAAGAUAAUGCUUGUUAUAAUACAAUGCCUGAACUGCACAAUUCUGUUGUGCUUAAAGAAAGAUGUCUUGAAAGUCUUGGGACCAAGGCAGUUGAGAAUAUUUCUGCAUCUGGAACCGUCAAAGAAAAAUCAAAUGCCACACACAGUAUAGCCAGCAGUUAUGAUAAUGGGGAGAAGGCAUUAACUGGAAAUGAUAAUAUUCAUCAUGAGGAGACUCCAUUCAGUGGGAUACUCAGUGAAGUUCCAGAAGACUCAAUACUGGAUUCAAACAAAAGAAACCCAACAAGCCAAUCUGGCUCACCCCAACGAGAUUUUGAAACCAAGAUUGAUGCCAAUACAGAACAAUUUUCUAAUUCGAAAAGUUUUAUACUAAAAGGUCUUGUCAGGACACUUGGAACUAAUUUGGUUGGUUCAGGAGAACCUUCAGACCAACUAGGGGAACCAAAAACAGACACAGAAGAAAGGACAGAGAAAGAUAAUAUCCUUAUGCAUGAGCAAUCUGAAGAUCCUAAUAAUGCUAAUGCAGAAUCUGAGACUCAGCCAGAGAAGCAGAACUACACAGGACUAUGGUACUUGGUGUAUAAGCACAUGGUAUCCGGUUCAGGAGAAAAUGAUUCCAAGUUAGUAAUUGAUGGAGCAGAUGGGAAAGAAUCUGAGUAUGAAGGUAGCAGAUCAAGAGACACCUCAGUUUCAUGUGAAAGUACACCAAUGAUGAAUCAAGGUAUGGACAUGAAGGAUCAUGGUCUAGCUGACCAAGAAGUUGAACGCCAACAGCUUGAAGCCAUCAAGAUGGUAGAAGAAGCAAUUGAUUCAAUCAUCCCGGAUGAUCUUGAACAUACACCAGACAGACAAUUGAUCACUGAAAACACAAUUUCAAUGGCAUUUGGAAAUGGAAUAACCGAAAAAUGCGAAAAGGAAGAUCAAACAGAAUCAAAGGAAGGAAACAACCCGGACAGGAAAUUACCUAGAAGCUGGAGCAAUCUUAGAAAGGUGAUCCUGCUUAGGAGAUUCAUCAAGUCAUUGGAAAAAGUGAGAAAAUUCAACCCAAGAGGGCCUAGAUAUCUGCCAAUAGAGCUUGAUCCAGAAGCAGAAAAGGUUAACUUAAGGCAUCUAGACAUGGCAGGAAGGAAAGGCACAGAAGAAUGGAUGCUUGAUUAUGCGCUUCGACAGGUUGUUUCGCAACUAACCCCAGCUCGGAAAAGAAAGGUGGGGCUGCUAGUGGAAGCUUUUGAAACAGUCAUGCCAACCAUGAAAAACUGAAGCUGGUCAAAUAGCAUAAUAGCUUUGUAUGCAAAGUAGAUUCAAGCUAAUUAAACAAAGCUGAAAGGU